GGGGUCUGGUGCGGCAGGUGCGGUUUUUGUCUCUUCUGCUUCUCGCGCACUUGCGUGGCUUUUACGCGUCUGAGGCUCCGGGUGGAAAGGAGUUAUUUACUGAAAACCAGCCCAGUGGCGGAGAAGAAACGGGGUCUUAAAAAUCACGCGUUGUGGUUUCACUUAACUUAAAGCGUUCUUAAACAGAAGAAACUCAACGAGCCUGAUUCCGCAGUUCCUGUUUUGUGGGCGAGGUUCAUCAUGAGGUACCUGUCUGUGGGGCUAGGCGUAGCGGUGAUGGCCAUGCUGGGCCUAGUGGGCUUCGUUCUCUCAAGGAGGAACGUGGUGCUCCAACUGAACAAGACCUCCUAUUUCGAGAGCGUUAAGCACAAGGUAUCCAGUGACAUGCUGAAGGAGGUCAAGACCAAUAUUGCUGAGGCCAACAUUAGGCUGGAACGAACCAAGAAACAGAUUGCUGACCUUACAACAGCACUCAAAACGGCUCAGGAGGCUGCAGUUGUGAAAAAAGCUGAGAUGAACAAAUGCAACGAUGAGAUGAAUGAGAUCAAGACUACAAUCGGUGCUCUAGAAGCAGAGAAAAACAAAAUGGAGGCUGAGUUUCAGCAGAAGAAGGCCAGUUUGAAGGAGCAAGUAGACAAUCUCAAAAUAGGAGCUGAGAAACGCAGCAAAGUGUGUGACUACAUCGUCAAGACCUCCGUUGAUGGGAUGAAACUAUGUGGUAUUGUGCCUGUUCUACAAGCGGAGGUAAAACCGGAAACAAAACAGCGUUAAGCAGCCUAAAAAGAGGCAGAGGCAGGAGCUCCUGAUACAUGUCAAGAAGUUGAAGCUUUGAGGGCAGAGAAGACAAACUUGAAGCAAUUCAUAAAGCUAAAAAGUGAAAAUACAAGACCUCAUUAUUUAUACCAAAAGAAAUACAAAGUUAUACUUGUGUAGCUUUUUGAUUUCUUGGUCAUUAAGUGCAUUGAUAUGUCUUCUGCUUUUCUUGUGUUUUGAUGGCACAUUCCUGAUGCGUGAGCUUCUUUUUUGUCAGUUCAGAAGCCAGAUUUUGCAUUUGCAUUUUAUGUUUUUAGUUAUACAUCACAGUAAAAGGAUUAAUACCCAUUGCCAACCUAUUUUCUGUGAGGUCCUGCAUAUAAGUGUUGAACAAAUUUAAAUUCUAGCGAUUAUCUACAUCGCAUAAUGACUGAUUUGACGUUAGAGAAAAAAUUAGCUCCUAUAUGGCUGCUCCAACUGAAUUUGCACGGAAUUGGUUUUGGGUGAUAUACAUGAUUCAAUACUUUCAAAAACCACUCGCAACGAACAUUUGUCAUGUUUUCAGCUACUAGAACAACCAUUUAAACUUUCAUAUUUAGGUUUUCCAUAUACAUUCUGGAAUAUGUAAUACCAUGAUAAAUCUUAAUGUCCUGUUAAUGAUUUUAACCUCAUUUGUUUAAGCAAACAAAUAAGGAGAAGGGAAUAAAAAGGAGUGGGUUAAGACAUGCACCUGUCUUUUUGCUUCCGUGUGUCUCCAGUAAACUGUUGCUUUUUUAUAGUCUUUGCUUUUAUGGGAGUUAUGUGUGUGUUGGUGAUAAUGUGACAGCUAUAAUAUGAUGCUUCACCUUUAUUGCACUGGGUAUACAUUCUGUAAAUUUGGUGUGUGUGUGUGUGUGCAUGCAUAUCUGCUUAUUUACCAAGUUCCUAUUGUUUCUUUUUGCUUUCCUCAUCUUCUGUUGUAGUUAUUUUGCCUCGAUGUACAGUACAGUGUGUGUGUGUGUGUAUAUGUGUUGUGUUUUGGCUCUCCAUCAGGCUCCAGGAUACACUCUCGGGUGUGUGUGCUAGUUAGUCAACCAAACAAAAUGUUCUGACCUUCUCACUGUCACCCCUCAUCAUCCUCAGCCCAUUACCUCAGUGUAUUCCUAUCUAAAGUGGCAGAAACCACACUGAAACUCACCAGAGCAACAAUAAAGUUCCAAUGGUAUGGUUAAUAAAGUUAAUAAACUUC